UUCGGUUAAAGGGGGAAACACGACGACGAACACGGAACCCUUGAUUUCACCGAUUUUUGCUAAAUAAUAACUCGAUUUUGCUUGAUUGAGUGCCAAACUAGUCUCAAUUGUGUCGAUUUUGAGUUCGCAGAAUCUCCUUUGUACCAGGUGAUAAUGAUAUAUCCUUGUAUGAGAUACUGAACGAUGGAUCCAGAAUUCAGGAAGUUUGGAAAAGGUCCGAAGGAACUUACGGGAGCUGUGAAUCUUAUAAAUUAUUACAAAUUAUUGCCGCACUAUGAGUUCUUCUGCAAGAAAUCACUUCCUUUAUCGAUUUCAGAUACACAUUACCUUCGUAAGGUUGUUGGAGACACAGAAAUCCGGAAAGGCGAAGGGAUGCAGUUGGGUCAGCUCAUUGAGAAUAAGUCCUCAAGAGAGACAAAGACACAUAUACAGCCAUUUGACUUAGAUGUCCUCAGGGAGGCCUUUUACUUGAGGGAAACUGCUCCCAUCGACUUGCCAGCUUCAGAGAAAGGGAUUCCUACUCAAACUGGAAGAUCUAAAAGUGAAUCGAAGGACAAGGAUAAGAAGCAUAAAAAGCACAAGGACAAAGACAGGGAGAAGAAUAAAGAGCAUAAGAAACACAGACGUCAUCAUAAAGAUCGAAGUAAAGAUAAGGACAAGGAAAAGAAGAAUGAUAAAACAAUGGCUGCUGAAAUUUUGAAGAAAACCAAUGAGAAGAAAAGGAAACAUGAUGGAGAUGAGGACCUCAAUGGCAUUCACAGGCACAAGAAUAGUAAGCUUAAGAGCUCAAAGAUGGAUGAACUGGGUGCAAUAAGAAUAGCAGCUUGAAAGUGGCUGUGGUCUAUACUGUUGUUUGUACACAGAUUCUGCAAUUGAGAUUUUGAUGGGGUCCUUACCGUAGUCAAACUAAUUGAGGUACUCUUAAGUUUUUUUUGCUUCCAUCUUAGUUAUGCUUUUUAGUUUCUACAUGCAAACAACCUGUUUUUUCCAUUUCUUGAAGUUUCCUUUUAAGAUAAUAGGAGUAUAUCGAGUCAAGAUAAGUUGAAGUUUUCCUGUGGUAACUCCUCUUUGUGUGGUUUAUUACUUUUUGCGUAAAGAAUAUUUGACCCGAUUGUCGUAAAGACUACUAUGGUGGGAUUUUGUUGUCAGAUCUCCCUGAAUAUCAUAUCGUUACUUGAUAGAUGCUACUGUAUUCAUUUGGAGAAUACAUUUCAAUUGACCUUUUUAUCAGAGUUCGUGGCGACGCAUGACUAUGGUAGCAGACUAUGUGUAGGGACCUGUAGCUAAUGUGGUUGGGAAGAGGGAAGCUUGGAAGGGUAGAAGGUGAUUAGGGGGAAGGUUAGAGAACCGAUAGAUGAGAUAUUAGAGCCUCAAGUUUAGUUUGUCGUACAGUUCCUAUAAGUUCUUAUGCUUUCUGUACUUGUUGAACCUGUUCUACUGUCAACAUUUUCUAGUCUUGGUUCUACUUCCCAAAGUUCUUUAUAUGUUACCUUUUUGGUGCCAAGGUCUUUCGUGCUUUUCAUUUCUUCCAAAACAUUUUUGACCAACUUUAUGGAGUACUCUUUCUUCACCAAAGUCCUUUGGAAACACUUUCU